AUGCGCAAAGCGUCCAAACAUAAAAAGUCCAUGUCCUCUGAAAGUGUUCAGUACACAAACGAUGAAGCUACUGCUACAAAGGCCUACGCUGUUCGACUUGGCUACUGGAGUGACCCCUAUAUAAAGCUUUUCUGUCCGAUUCCAUCUUCAUCGACACCAGAAAUCAGUCGUGGAUAUUAUGUUCGUGUUCAGACCUUUGAAGCAGUAGUAAUUCGCUUUAUUCAGGAAUGUAACAAAGUGUGUCAAGUCGUGAAUCUCGGUGCUGGUUCAGACACCCUCUUUUUUCGACUAAAAGAUAAAGACCUUCUUCCCAAAGCCUACAUUGAGUUGGACCUUCCCGGAAACGUGAGAAAGAAGAUUUUCACGCUACAACGAAAUAAAGCCCUACAAGCAGCUCUACCCACUGGCGAUUCAGGGUUCCUACCGUCUACUGCACCAAAGGAUAGGAUCUCUUUUGGAUGUUAUCAUCUGCUCAGCUUUGAUCUUAAAGCACCCUCUGCCUCGUUGAUCAGUUUGUUAUGCGAUUCUCCCGAUGGGCCUUCUCUUUCACCCGGCCUUCCUACCCUUUUUCUCGCUGAAUGUGUCCUCGUCUAUAUUCCCACGGAAUUCUCGAGUUCCCUCCUCUCUACUCUCUCCAAUAAGUUCACGCAGGCUGCCUUUUUAAAUUAUGAGCAAGUAAAUAUGCAGGAUAAGUUUGGUGAAAUUAUGCAAAGUCACUUCCGCGACAGAUCUUGUGAAUUACCUGGUCUCGCAGCUUGUGGCUCACUGGAGGAGCAAAAAUCCCGAUUUAUAAAUAACGGUUGGACGGAAGUGCAUGCGUGGACCAUCAACGAAGUGUUCAGUUCCUUUCCUCAGGGUGCCAUAUCAAGAAUCAGUCAACUGGAGAUGCUGGAUGAUACGGAAAUAACACAGCAGUUAUAUGAUCACUAUUGUAUCGUGCUGGCCACCAACACUGGAGCGAUUUGUCACUGGGAUUCGCUGAAAAUGGCUCUCUCGGAUUUGAAAUAG